UGCUGUGUCUCCCACUAAUUCUGAAUCAACCCAGACAGUGCUGGUGGACUCAGAGUCAGAAUAAUUUUGGUGAUUCUCCUAUACCAGAAUAUUGGAAAAAGAGACUGAGAAAUUUAUUGUGUGCAUGCCCAAAUGUGUUUUCUACCCAAGAAUGGGAUAUAGGGUGUGCUAAAGGAGUGGAGCAUCAUAUUCGCCUUUCUGAUGACACCCCUUUUAGGGGAAAGGUCUAGACGGAUAGCUCCAGCUGACAUUGAAGAUGUUAGAGAGCACUUGAAGAUGCUGUUGCAAGCAGGCAUUAUUUCAGAAUCUAAAAGCCCUUAUGCAUCACCCAUAGUGGUGGUGAGAAAGAAAAACGUCCAAGUCCGCAUGUGUGUGGACUAUCGAACUCUGAAUAAGAGGACAAUACCUGAUCAAUAUACAGUACCCAGAGUAGAGGAUGCUCUGGCUUCCCUUACUGGUAGUAGGUGGUUCUCUGUCCUGGACCUUAGAAGCGGGUACUAUCAGAUCCACAUGAGCGAAUCUGAAAAAGAGAAGACAGCCUUCAUCUGUCCCCUGGGGUUCUAUCAAUUUGAAAGGAUGCCUCAAGGAAUAUCUGGGGCCCCGGCUACCUUCCAACGUCUAAUGGAAAAGGCAGUAGGGGACAUGAAUUUGUUAGAAGUGCUAGUCUAUCUAGAUGACCUCAUAAUAUUUGGUUGAACACUUGAAGAGCACGAAGAAAGACUUAAAAGUCCUAGACAGACUGGAAGCUAAUGGAUUAAAAUUAUCAUUAGAUAAGUGUCAGUUCUGUCAGAGCCAAGUAAAGUAUAUUGGUCAUAUUGUAUCUGCCCAUGGGGUGGCUACUGAUCCGGCUAAAGUUGAAGCCCUUUGCAACUGGCCAGUACCAAAGGAUCUCAAGGCCUUGAGGUCCUUCCUUGGAUUUUGUGGUUAUUAUCGAAGAUUUGUGAAAGAUUAUGCAGCUAUCACUCGCCCCCUUACUGAAUUAACAAAAGGAUCGUCAACAAAUUUUAAAACCGCCAAAGGCAGAAAGCCCUCUUCUUCCAGAGAGUAUUUAAAAGCCAGUGAACCUCUUGGAAACAGAUGGACUGUGGAAUGCGAUUCAGCUUUUAAAAAUAUAAUUGAUCGCCUAACUUCAGCACCUGUUCUGGCUUUUGUAGAUGCUAGUCUGCAAGGACUAGGGGCAGUACUAUACCAGGAGCAUGAUGGGAAACUACGACCUGUGGCUUAUGCCAGUCGUAGAGUGACUGAAACAGAGAGACGUUACCCAGCUCAUAAGUUGGAAUUUCUUGCUUUAAAAUGGGCUGUUGUAGACAAAUUUCAUGAUUAUCUUUACGGGGUCAAGUUUUGUGUCAAGACUGAUAACAACCCCUUAACUUAUGUAAAAACUACAGCUCGAUUGGAUGCUACAGGACAAAGGUGGAUUGCUGCCUUGGCUGCCUAUGAUUUCAGUCUAGUGUAUCGUCCAGGGUGCACUAAUGGGGAUGCGGAUGCCUUAUCCAGACUAUAUCAUCCGGAGACGAGUGAUGAUUCUGAGUGGAUGGAAAUACCAACUCCGGCUGUAAAGGUCACUUGCAAGGCUGUCCACGUUACGCCCAGCACCUAUAGAGAGAGCCCCAAUAGGUAUGCUGACUGUCUGGGAUUAUCUGAAGCUGCCAUCCCUAAGGCCUAUGCUUAUUUGGCCACUCUAAACACAUUUGAAUUACUCCAGCUAACUACUACUGACAUCAGGAGAUCCCAGCUAGGCGACCCUGAAAUUCAGCCAGUUAUGGAGGCUUUAGAAAGAGACCAGAAACCAUGCUCUGUAAGUACUUACUCUCAGAAGGUUAGAUUACUCUUUAGGGAAUGGGAUAGGCUAACUCUUCAAAAUGGAGUGUUAUAUCGGGUUACACAGACAAGAGUAGACAGACCAGGAAACAGCUAGUGAUACAUGAGAUGUACCAUAAUAUGAUAAUGACUGCUUUACAUAAUGAUCACGGGCACCUGGGGACCGAAAAGACCUUUGAACUUAUAAAAGAAAGAUUUUAUUGGGUUAAAAUGUUAGCCUCUAUAGAAUAUCACUGUAAGAGUUGUGCCAGGUGCGUAAAAAGGAAAUCCCUACCACAAAAGGCAGCAUAUCUAACAAACAUUGCUACUGAUGCGCCUAUGCAGCUGGUGUGUAUGGACUUUUUAUCACUAGAGAAUGACCGCAAGAAUUUUUCCAGCAUUUUACCCGCUAUGCCCAGGCCUACCCUACCAAAGAUCAGAAGGCCAGUACUGUAGCUAAAAUUUUGCUUAAAGACUUCUUCUUGCAUUAUGGCUUACCUGUUCGCAUACACACAGAUCAAGGUAGAGAUUUUGAGAGUCGACUUAUAAAAGAAAUGCUUAGCUUACUAGGCAUUAGAAAGUCCAGGACCACUCCUUACCAUCCUCAGGGUGACCCCCAACCUGAGAGGUUUAAUCGUACCUUGCUGGACAUGUUAGGUACCUUACGUUCUGCUCAAAAAUCCAGGUGGAGUGAGCAUUUUGAAUUCUUAGUGCAUGCUUAUAACUGUACCAAAAAUGAAGCCACUGGAUAUUCACCUUAUUAUCUGGUGUUUGGAAGAGAAGCCAGGCUCCCUAUUGAUUUGUGUUUUGGGGUGUCUGCUGAUGAAACCACUAUAGAUAGCUAUCUACAGUAUACUCAGCAACUAAAAAUGGAACUCAGAAAGCCCUAUCAUUUGGCCCAAGAAGCUGCUGGCCAUAAAAAUAGAAUUAAUAAACGGCAACAUGACCAAAGAGUGAGAGAAAAUGAUUUGCAGCCAGGUGACAGAGUUCUGAUAAGGAACUUGGGGUUAACCGGGAAACAUAAACUUGCUGACAGAUGGUGUCCUAACCCCUACAUUAUUGCUGAGUAGCUUGAUAAUCUACCAGUAUACAAACUUAAACCUGAAAGGGGUGGGGGCAUGUUUAAAACACUCCACCGAAAUCAUCUGUUGCCAAUAGGAUAUCUGGAAGGAGAUCAAAGAGCAUCUGUGUCCCCUAACAGGCACAAGAGGUUAAGACAUCAUACCAGGCAGAGGACUGCAGUGCAAUCUACCUCUUCUGAGUCUGAACUUGAUCCACCAGUUUAUGUUGCCAAUGUAGCAUCUGAUAUAGAAAGCAGCAAUGAGAAUAAUAUGUGGUGGCCAAGUCUUCAAGAUGCCUCCCCUGUUUUGGAGGCUCUGCAACCUCCAAAUAGCUGCUCAUCACCUCCUAAUUUGCAGAGUGUUAUACCUCUGAAUCCAGAAGCAGGACCCUUUCAACCUGAACUUUUGUCUGAGUCCUACCUGAACCCUUCAUUGGUUAAAGAUGCCUCCCCUUUAAUUGAGGUAGAUGAGGCAGAUGAUCAAGGUGUUAACGCUGAUGUGACUUUUGCUCGGGAGGAUGUACCAGAGCUUGAUGCUUCAUCCCAAAAGGAGUGUGAUACUAUUCAAGAUACUAUCCAAGAGACUCUUGUUCAAGAGUCUGGGGCAGAGCUUACUCAACCUUGUAUGCCACAUGAUGGGGACAUUGUUCCCACUCCACGUCGCUCAGCUAGAGUGAAUAAGCCUGUGCAAAAGCUCACUUAUGAUGUACUUGGAACUUCAACUACUGUGCCUCUUCAGGUUGUGUCUAAAUAAGUGAAUGCUGUGACCUUUAGGGUCUUUAGGAUUAACUGAUAUAUUCUAUGACCAUAGAACACAGAAUGUCCUGUAUAAUUAUUAUUGUGGCUUUAAAAUCCACAAAUACCCAGAAGCUGAUGUAUUCUUUGUUGAAACAUAUGUGGGUUACUGCUAUGCACUCAAGUACAGUGCUCUUGAGUUACUUGCCCUCUGUGUUUACUAUACCUUGCCGAGGACGUCAAGGGUCUUUUGCUGGGGAAGAGUGUAACCCUCAGGGUUGCAACUAUAUGCUAUAAGCUAUUUGACACCUUACCAGUAGGUGUCACUUAAUCUUUAGUUCAUCCUAUCUGUAAACAGUUUGAGAGAACAACAUCCCCUGUUUCUUGGGAAAGAAUGGUUUCUUCCAGAUUUCUAGAGAAGAGGAAGAGGAUUUUGACUUCCUGGUUGUCUUGGUAGCUACAGGGUCGGUUACAGACAGCCGUUGGGAGAGAGAGAGAAUUGUUUACCUGCAUAGAGGGUAAGACCCCCAAGGAAUCCUCUCUUAGUUUUAGUAAGUAUUAGCCAGCUUGUGUUACAGGAGUGGCACCCACUUAGUGUCAGUCAGGGUAGCUGAGCAGUCCAAAGCUCCAACAGGAGGUCAGUGGGUUAGUUCCCUGGUUGUACACAGGUUGAUGCCUGGCAACCCAGAAUAGGGGCCUCAGUGAUAAGGAGGGUGUUACUUAUAGAGAGGAUUCCCAUUCUACAGGCAGUGUCCGUCAGCAGACCUGGCUGGGUGAGACCAGAGAGCAUUGCUCAUAUUCUUUGUUAAAAUAUUAUAUUGCAUUGUUUCCUGCUAUUAUAUAACUUUGCCUGAUUGCUUAUAUUAUUGCAUUCACUGUCACCACUGUAAUACUUAAACAGUGUAGUGAGAUGUUACUUUUCAGUUGCUGCAUAAAUAAAUAUACUUUCUAAAGAAUUCCUGGUGCCAUUACUCUUCAUCUUAAUUCACACCACAACCUUUCUGAUAAUCCUCUCACUACAAAGAGAGAGAGCCCAGCCCUGAGUGAAAACCACUGGUGUGGCCUUAUACUGUCAUAAUAGUGCUACAUAUAUAUAUUGUUUUGGGUUGUUUUGGGGGUUUUUUGUGCGUGUGUUUGUUUUUCUUGUCCUUUGUUGUUAUCUCACUGCUGAAAAAUUGCAUAAAUACAAUAGCAAUGGGGAAACCCAUUAGGACCUGGGCUUGAUUUGUUUCUCAA